AUGCAGAGAACACUACCUCGAUCUAUUUUCCAAAGUCUCAACAUCAGUAAAACCACAAAAGUUAGAAUGUCCUCGAAGGUCGAUUCGUCACUCAAUUCUGCAGGCUUGAAGCCAGACCAAACUAAAGCUCUCAGCGAGCGUAAAAUGCUCCCUCAAGAAGGCCCUAUCAUCGCCGCCAUAAAGGAGCUAUAUUCUUGCAAACCUACAAGUAAUACUUUCAACAUAUACGCGCGCGAGGCAGUGUUUCAUGACCCUGUAGGUAUAGCGAAAGGAAUUGACUCGGUCCGUUCCCAAUUUUUCGGUCUUGCGAAGAUUUUUCCUCGAGCAGACAUUCCCAAAUUCCGAAUCCUGGAAACUCCACCCACCUUACCCUCAAACACCAUUCUCAUUGACCAAGACGUUGCAUACUAUCGGGAUGCAAAAUCAACCUCUCCUACUAAAGUGGUUAAUUCUCUUCUGACACUCAAACUUGACAAUUUCAACAAAGUGAUCAGUCACAAUGAGGAAUGGAACCAUCAGAAGACAACGACAGGAGAAGAUGGAUUCCUCGGGAUGAUCAACGAGCAACGGAAGAAGCUAACAGCAGGCCUCACCGACGUAUUUGUGGGGGGCGGGUCAAAAGGCAAGAACUGA